AACGCCAAAUAACAUAACGGUGUAAAGCGCAAAGCCGCAAAAGCCCUACCCGGCUGCUCUGCUUCUUCCUCUUCUUCUUCUAGUACGAUGUAGUUCCAGUUCUAGUGGCGGAAGAAGAUAAAUAGAAACAUCAAAACAAUAAAUAAUACUUUUAUCUUCGAACAAAAAUGUUGGCUCGUAGCAGCUCUCGCAUAUCUCAUCAAAAUUCGGGGUUAGGAUUUUGCUCCACCGGAAUCUUGCAGCUCUCAUCUUCUUUCUUGGUUAAACUUCCCUCCUCCUCUGCCUCCGCCGUCUUGUUUGUCAAUAAUUUCCAUAUUCAUCGAUUCCAUCCCCGAUUUGUUUCUUCUUCCAGUCUCCAGUCCAAACCCUCCGGCGACAUUCCUUUUCUCCCCGACUCCUUCAGCCAACAAGAAGAUGAUCAUGAGAAGCCUUCUGAAGUAUUAUCCGCAGUGGCAGGGGGGAUCGUUGCGUUGGGAAAGUUUGAUGCUCUUCAUAUCGGUCAUAGAGAACUUGCAAUUCAAGCAUCGAAGGUUGGAGCUCCAUAUCUUUUAUCAUUUGUAGGAAUGGCUGAAGUCCUUGGUUGGGAGCCUAGGCCUCCCAUAGUUGCCCGAUGCGAUCGUGAGCGUGUUCUUUCCUCUUGGGCUCCAUAUUGUGGUAAUGUGGCUCCCAAGGAAUUCCAGAUACAAUUUACAAGUGUUAGGCAUCUUAGUCCGAGGCAGUUUGUGGAGAAGUUAGCGGAGGAGCUUGGAGUUUGUGGAGUUGUGGCAGGUGAAAACUAUCGCUUCGGCUAUAAAGCUGCGGGUGGUGCUUCAGAAUUGGUGAGAUUGUGUGAUGAGUUUGGUAUGGGUGCUUACAUAAUAAAUUCUGUCAUGGACAGGCACCAGAAUGUCAGAAAUAUGAAUUGUUAUGAUUUAAAAGAGAGAGGACAAGUUUCUUCUACCCGUGUUCGACGUGCUCUAGCUGAAGGUGACAUGAAAUACGUGUCGGAGCUUCUAGGCCGCCCACAUCGUUUGUUAUUAAUGAUUGAAGACCGGGAAAACUUAACUAGUACUAGCAAUACACAAAGGGUGUCAGCUCCAAAAUCUUCUUUGCUAAAUCUACCACCAAAAGAUGGUUCUUACGAGAAUUGUGCUCUUUUAGUUGGAGAACAUAAACCAGUAACAUGUAGAGUGUCUAUUGACACAACGCAUAUCCAUCUAGAGAUGGAUCGUGUAGAUUUUUCUUGUUAUGAUUAUUCUCAAAAUUCUCAGGUCUUGGGUAUUGAAUUUGGCGAAUUGAGAGUUAAUCACGUUUAGUUUAUGUCAUAUUUUUAAGUUCAUUUCGGGAAAGUCCAUCAUGUGUGUUUGAGUGCAGUGACCAUACCUAUAUUAGGGCUGUAUUUCUUUACCAGUUAAAUUAUUGAAUAUAGGAUUCAUAUCCCCUUCUUUACUGUUGGAAAUGAUUUAUGUUUUCCUCUCCCAA